ACAGCAAUGUCUGCCCCCAACGCCGGUCGCCAGUCCCCCGAGCCUGAGAACCAGAGCUCCAAGCAGCAGUCCGCCCCCACUGCCGGCAACCCCAACCAGCAGGGCGCCGAGCCCCAGCAGGGUUCCCAGCAGGCCUCCAAGGACCAGCUGGCUGGCCUUGAGAGCAACCCCACCGGCCCCCUCGACCAGGCCGCCAAGGACAAGACCUCCAAGACUGUCAACUAA